GCUUCGCAAAUUUGUUUAAAAGAAUGUUAAAACCAAAGAAAAAUAAACAACAACAGAAACGCAAAUUGUUUAAAAAUAAAUUAUGAAAUAAAUUACAUAUAUGAAUUUAAAUAAUAAAAAUAACAAUUGCUAAGAAAACAUAUACAAAACAUUUAAAAGUUUUUAAGUGGAAAGCGGAAACAAAAUAAAAACAAAAAAACCCAAACCAUUAUGCCUUUAUAUACUGAUUCGAAUUAUUACUACAGUGGUGGUAGUAGCCAGCUGUACUCACCCUAUUACCCGGGAUCUUCAUCGUCCAUCGGCACCUCUUCGAGUAUCUACAAUCCCUAUUCAUCCACCUAUAAUCGUUCUAUAGGGGGUUCGUAUGUAGUGCCCAUAUCAACACCACGCACCUCCAGUUACACUUCUCCGCAUAGUCUCUCUUCGUCACGUUACCAACCGAAACUUACUACCAUCACCGAGACCUCACCUCUCAUAAGUGCUGCUAGACAUACAUCACAUAUACCCUUGACUCGUAUACAAUCGCCCAAGUAUACGAGUUAUUCUAGCCCCACACACGUGCACACACCCAAAUAUAUACCACCUCGUCCUAUACUCAUAAAUACCGCGGAUAUCGAUGUUUCAGCCAAUAGAUAUCGCAAACGUAAAGAAGAAACUCUCAGGCAGGUUCAAAGAGACAGUGAGUACACAUCUCCCACCUCCUCCAUAAAAAGAGACAGUGAGUACACCUCUCCCACCUCUUCCAUAAAACGUCGUAAUAGUGCGGAACGCCGAGCAGAGGAAGAAGAAAAGCUACGCAAUGAAAUAGCAGCCCGUCAAGCUUCCGAGUCCAAAAAAGAAUCCAGUCCUGAAAAGCACAUAAAUCGUUCCACCAUCAAACGUAAUCGUGCUGUUGUACGUUUAUCCACCAUUAGAUCGCGCAGUAAAGAUCGUAAUAAAAAUAAAAGUGAAGAUUCCUCCUCCCCGGAACCAGAGAAAAAAUUUAAAGAUUUACCUAUCUACCAGCCACCCGAAGAGGUUCCUCUAAAAUGGCGUGAUAAAUUGGCUGAGGAUUUGGCCGCCAUACCCCAAUAUCCGAAUAAAAAAUCUCCCGGUGAAAUUUUAAGAGAGAAAUAUUUAAUACAAGACUCCAAGGAUGAUGAAGACUAUGCUGCCCAGUGCAGAGCUCAAAGAACGGCAGCUGGUCUGCCUAAAGAGACCAUAGAACAGGUCAUAGUUGAGUUGGAUCCCUUGCAUCAUACCGUCAGAAGAUUGAGCAUACCCCAAUGUCCCACCUUUCAUGAUAUUUGUGAGGAUAUAUCCUCGGACAAGAUCGAUGAUGAUCUUAAUGCUGGUGCCUUACGAAGAAGGGCUUCGAUUAUACAAUGCCAGGAACAAGAAUUAUUAAAUGAAUUACAAAAGUCCGCCUCGGGCACCUUUCAAAUGAUUACUAUGGAACGUCGUGGCAGUCAUGACAGUGUCGAUGAAUUGCCCCACAAAAGACACUCGAAGAGAUCUUCGAAAAAGGGCAAGAAAAUAAGAACCAAGAUAACUGCCAUAGUAGAAGUGGAAAAUGCUCCGCAGUUGGGUACUAUUUUACAAGAAAAAGAUGAGGAAUUUGAUCCAGGUAAAUCUCCUAGACCCAAGUUUACGGUAAAUGUCGAAUCGGUAGAGGAGCAUCAUGAAAUUCACAAGGUUUUAAAGUUACCCAAAAAGAAGAGCAUUAAAAGACAGGCUAAAGUUAAGGAACAGGAAUUGCCUGAGGGUUUCAUGUCCUCUUUGCCGAAACCUCAAAUUUCGCCCAAGAAAAAGUUUGUCAAACCUACGGCCGAAGUGUUUACCUUUGAUGAGAAAGCAGUUGAACAAGCCAAACAGGAUAAGGCUUUAGAAAAGGUGACCAGUAUUGACAGCAAGACACCAACUACUCCCACAAAAACAAUGGAGCAAACAGACAGUAAAGUGGCUACAAAAUCCCUAUUAAAAGAUACAAAUGCAAAAUCGUUUACCACUUCCCAAUCAUUGGAUAUUAAAGAAAAACCAACAUUGAGCAAAACUUUGGAAAAAUCAAACUCUAUAAAUAUUGAACUAAAGACACCAACAACUCCAAAAACACCCAUUAAAAAGGACGAAACACCACCCUUAACACCAAAAAUUAAAAACGAAACACCAAAACCUUUGGAAAAAUCAAAUUCUAUAAACUUUGAACUAAAGACACCUACAACACCCAAAACUCCUCUUGGCAAGGAACCAACUCCUCCCUCAACACCCAAAGCUCUCAAAAACCUUUUGGAAACCGAAGAGAAAAAACCCAAAAUUCCUCUGGACAAGGAACCAACUCCCCCAACAACACCCAAAGCUCUCAGAAAACUUUUAGAAACGGAAGAGAAAAAACCUACUCCCAAAACUCUUAAAACUUCAGUGUCAGUGGACAGUGCUUCAAAAUCUAGCUCAAAUAAAGUUUUGGAGAAAACCAAUUCUUUAACAGUGGAACUCAAAUCUCCUGUAGCUGCUGGCAAGAAAGAAGAAGAUAAAAAGGUUUUGAAAACCUCACAGUCUUUAGAGGCAGAAACAAAGCCCAAACUAGCCAAGACUUUGGAAAAAUCGAAUUCUAUAAACAUAGAACUGAAAACUCCCACCACACCUAAAACCCCUUUACCAGAAACUAUUAAAGAGGAAACUUCAGAGCCGAAAGUAGCCACUCCUAAGCCUAUUAAAAAAGCCAUCAUGAAGUCCGACAGUGGUGAAGAUUUCUGGGCACAAAUCGGUUCUCGCGAAACUAUGUACAUGAACAAACGCAAAAAAGACGUUGUUGAGACCCAGUGGCAGAAGCGGGAAGAUCUAUUGGAAUCCACCAAAGAAGAAGAUGUCAAAAAUAUAGAAGAAAUUAAAACUUCUGUAACUUCACAAAAAAUUGAGGCUUUGAAAAAGGCAGAUCAAGAUCAAAAAAGUUCAAAAGGCGUUGUAAGCAGAUCCAAUUCCAAUGAAUCGGCCUUAAAAAAUAAAUCACCGGCAAAAUCUAAAGAAGCUAAUGACACAAAAGAGGAAAAAGCUAAAAAGAAAGUAUCGCCUCUAAAGAAGAAAUCCCCUACAACCAAAACCGAUGAUGCCAUCACAACUCCUGUAACGCCCAAGGAUUUGAAAACAUGCGAUGCUAAAAUUAAAACAAAUGAUAAAUUGGAAAAUGCCAAGACGCCAGUGGUUACAAAAGUGUCUAAAGAAACAUCAUUAUCAACGGCAACAUCAUCACCAUCAUCGCCAAUCACGAAGAUUUCUUCUUCAACGACGACUACAAGCAAUACUACGGCGUCGCCAAAAAUAACCGGGCAGCAAGCCAAGUCACCUGAACAACAAGAGCAAGCGGAGCAAAACAAAUUCUUCCCAACAACAACACCAGCCAAAAACAAUAAUAACAGAAAUGAAAUAGACAUUAAUAAAACAACAAAUGAAAAACAACUGUUGGCAAAAACAUUUACUUUGCCUACGGAAAACACAAAACUUACUUCGUCUACGUCAGCAGCCAGUAACGUAGCAGAGGCAACAACCACAAAGCAACCGGAAACAAAGCAAAUUAACAAGACAUCGACUACAACAACUGAGGCAAACAACGCCGUCACAAAAGCCAAAACCACUGACACAGACAGCAAAGUGUUGGCGGCUAAAAAGCAACCAGCUGAUAAGAAAUCACCCACCCAAACAAAAACCAAGACAUCACCCAGCGCCAUUAAUGCCGAUGAAUUUAUAGCCAAGGCACCAGCCAAAACAAAUGCAUCACCGGUCAAAACAGCAACAAAAAUAACAGCAGCAGUACCGACGACACCGACAACGUCAUCAGUUAAUGCACCCACUGAAAAGACGCCUGAUAAGAAGAAAACUACAACUACGACCUCUACAAACCAAACAAAUGCGGCAGCAUCAACAGCAGCUACAACCACAAUCAUUAAGACAGCAACGAAAACUGAUGACAACCAGCAAAUUUGCAACAAAAUCACAGACAACAAAAACACUGCUGAUACAAAUACAAACAACAACAAAAACGCAGAUGAUGAGGAGACCAACAACAACAACAACAGCAGCAGCACAUGCGGCGGCAAUUUAUCAAAGUUCGCAACAGUAUCGAAUUUGGCACAGUGUUUACACGACGUUGACGCCGAUCUAGCUGACUAUUUGCCAUCGUCCGCGGAAAUUAGUGAGAACGAAGAUUAUAAAACAGACGAUAGUGAUUUCGAUUAUUCCAGUAUCGACGGUUGGGAAAAAUUAACGCCCAGCAUGAAGAAAAAAGUGAAACAACGUCGUCGCAAAGAAAAACAAGCCGAACAGGCACGUUUCGAUCCCCAAAAGAAAGUUAAAAUCGAUACAACGCGUAAAUUGUACGUCAAAGAGGAAGCACCGCGUUAUCCUCUGGUCGCGACACCGCGUCCUCUAUGGAAACGGGAAAAGAUCGUGUAUCCCGAUGAAGAUUCCGACGACGAAAGUGAUAGUGAAGAAAGUGGCUCCACCGAGGAGACCGAAGAUAGUGAUGAAUGCACCACAUCAGAAGAGUAUGAGGAUGAAUUGAAUCCCACGGCUUCUGGUGGUGCAGUUAAAAGUAGUGGUAGUGGUGAGGGUAGUAGUGGUGGCAGUGGUGGUAAUGUUGGAGAUAAUUCAGAUCCAAAUAAAGAAAAUUCAUCAAUUAUACGCAUGAGUACCUGUAGCAAUGAUUCGGGUUUCGAGGGUGGUACAGCACCUUCAAGUCCUAAAAAAAUGUUAGAAACUUCAUAUACAUAUUCACAAUUCCAAAAAUCCGGACGUUUUACACCGCCAGCAACAAUAAUACCUAGAUUUAAGAAUUAUACAGUAGAUGAUUUUCAUUUCCUAGCUGUGCUAGGCAAAGGAAGUUUUGGCAAAGUACUUUUAGCUGAAUUACGUGAUACAACUUAUUAUUAUGCAGUUAAAUGUUUGAAAAAAGAUGUUGUACUCGAAGACGAUGAUGUCGAUUCAACACUAAUAGAACGUAAAGUUUUGGCCUUGGGCACAAAACAUCCGUAUUUGUGUCACCUGUUCUGUACAUUUCAAACGGAGAGCCAUUUGUUCUUUGUUAUGGAAUAUCUUAAUGGCGGUGAUUUAAUGUUCCACAUACAAGAAAGCGGACGAUUUACAGAAGAAAGAGCACGUUUCUAUGGUGCUGAAAUUGUUUCGGGUCUGAAGUUUUUGCAUAAAAAGGGCAUUAUAUAUAGAGAUCUCAAAUUGGAUAAUGUUUUAUUAGACUAUGAGGGUCAUGUGCGUAUAGCUGAUUUUGGUAUGUGUAAAUUACAAAUCUAUUUGGAUAAAACAGCGGAUAGUUUUUGUGGUACACCCGAUUAUAUGGCGCCUGAAAUUAUUAAGGGCGAUAAAUAUAAUCAAAAUGUUGAUUGGUGGUCCUUUGGUGUUUUAUUAUAUGAAAUGCUUAUUGGUCAAUCACCUUUCAGUGGUUGUGAUGAAGAUGAACUAUUUUGGUCUAUAUGCAAUGAAUUGCCCUGGUUCCCAGUUUAUAUAUCAGCGGAGGCAACAAGUAUAUUAAAAGGGCUUUUGGAAAAAGAUUAUACCAAACGUAUUGGAUCUCAGUAUAGUCCUGCUGGAGAUAUUGUUGAGCACAUAUUCUUUAGACCCAUUGAUUGGAAUCUAUUAGAUAAACGACAAAUUGAACCACCAUUUAGACCACAAGUGAAACAUCCUUUGGAUACACAAUAUUUUGAUCGUGUGUUCACCAGAGAACGUGUACGUUUAACUCCAAUAGAUAAGGAUAUAUUACAAUCUAUGGAUCAGAAGCAGUUCCUAGGUUUUACUUAUACAAAUCCCCAUAUAACAUUGGAUUAAGCGCUCCCCCAACCUCCCUCUCUCUAAAGUUCUCACAACAGUUUGAGAACAACAACGAUAAACCUCGUAUUUCUUUCGAUUUUUUUCAAUGGAAAACAAAAAUAUAUAUUUUAUAAACAAUUUAAAGCCUUUUAGUAAAAGGUGACCCCUUCGCUUUAUUUGUUUUUUUUUUUUUGUAUUUGGUAUUGAAAUUAUUUUCGAAAAAAGAAAAUAUUUUUGUGAUUUUUAGAUCAAGAAUUAAAUUUUUUAAUUCUCUAAAAAAAAUUUGUAGAAAUUUUGAAAUUUGUUACCAAAUUUUUCAAAUUUGGAUUUAUAGCAUUUCCAAAUAUAGACAUAAAGUGUAUUUAAAUAAAUUGUACUAAAUUGGAAUUACUGUAGAGCUAUAAUUUUGAAAAUUUGUUUCCAGAUUCAAAUAUUUUUUAAAUUUUUUUUUAAAUAUGUUUCCCCAUAUAUUUAUCCACCCCUCUUCUUAAAGCCUACUCUUUUAUAAAAUUUAUUAUUUUCCUUUCUUUAAAUAUUUGUAUAAAAACCAGUAUUUUAUAACAAAUUAUUUAGAAUUUUGUAAUAAGAAUACACACACAUAUUUUUUUUAAUUUUUUUUCACCAAAAUACUUUCACUUACAUACUCGACUUUUUUAAUUUUUAUUUUACAAAUUUUCCGUGUCUAUCUAUAUCUUUAAUUUAUUUCAUUUCUGUUUUACUUUCUUAGUGUAUAGUUAUAAUUAUUAAGUUAACAUUUUAUUAUUUAAUUGUUAAGUAAAUUAUUAUAAACAGAAUGUAACUUAAAUUCCCUCCCAUUUUAAUUUUAAGUUUAAGUAAAACGGAAUAAUUUAAAACAAAAAUCUUUAUAAUUGGCUUGAAUUUAUAAAUAUUUUUUACAAUAUUUAUAAAAUAUACAAUACAUAUAUUUUUCCAAAUAUUAUGAAAUAUUAGUUUGUAAGAGAAACCUUAUUAUGGAAUUUCAAUUAAACUUUAAUUUACAUAUUGUACUGUAAACGUUGUUAAAUAGAAAUUUAUUUAAAAAAAACUCUAAAUAAAAAAUAAAUAAUAAAAAAUUAAAUAAAUAUAA